AUGGCGAAGAAACAGACGUAUAUCCCACCCCUCAUCGGGUGGCUAUACGACCUGGUCCUGUGGACGUUCUCCGUUCUCAUCGACCUCUUCUUCCGCGAGGUACACCCGCGUGGUUCAUGGAAGAUUCCUCGUCGAGGACCGAUUAUCAUUGUCGCCGCCCCUCAUGCGAACCAGUUCGUCGAUUCGCUCGUCCUGAUGCGCGUCAUUCGCAGCGAGGCCCACCGUCGCAUCUCAUGGCUCAUUGCGGACAAGUCGUUCCGGCGCAAGUUUAUCGGACUGCUGGCGAGGGGUAUUGGAACAUUGCCUGUCGCGCGCGCUAUGGAUAACCUGAAGCCGGGGACGGGCACCGUGUAUCUUCCCGACCCGGUCAACGAACCCACCCUCUUGCGCGGCGUGGGUACCAAUUUUGAGGGUGCUGGUUUUGAGGCGGAGGGUACAAUCGCACUGCCGACGAUCAAUGGACAAUCACACAGUACGGCUAUUGCGGAAAUUCGGGGCCCCGAGGAGCUGGUUCUCAAGAAGCCCUUUAAACACAGAGAUGCUCUGUUCCAGCUGACGGGCCGGAAGGAUAUUGAUGAUGAUGGCAAGUUUACCGGUGAUGCGGCGGACCAGGACUCCGGGUUCAAGGGUACCAAGUUCAAGGUUGCGCCGCAUGUGGACCAGACUGCAGUCUACGAGGCUGUUUUUGCGCGGUUGAAUGCUGGUGGCUGUGUGGGUAUAUUCCCUGAGGGCGGAAGUCAUGACCGCCCAUCUCUGCUUCCUCUCAAAGCUGGUGUGGCUCUGAUGGCCCUGGGUACUUUAGCGGAUAACCCGGACUGUGGCUUGAAAAUUGUACCUUGUGGCAUGAACUACUUCCAUGCUCACAAGUUCCGAUCUCGUGCUGUUAUUGAAUUUGGCAACCCGAUUGAAGUUCCGAAAGAGUUGGUACAGCAAUUCAAGCAAGGCGAGCGGCGUGAGUCUGUUGGUGCCUUGCUGGAUAUCAUUUACCAAAGUCUUGUUGCGGUCACUGUGACUAGCCCUGAUUAUGAGACUCUGAUGGUCAUCCAAGCUGCUCGCCGUCUGUACAACACGAAAGGAAAGAAACUUCCUCUUCCGAUGGUUGUGGAGCUCAAUCGCCGUCUCGUGAAAGGAUAUGCGCACUUCAAGGAUGAUCCGCGCAUCGUGCAUCUCCGCAAUUCGAUUUCCAGCUACAACAAGCAGCUUCGCAUCCUUGGCAUCCGGGACCACCAAGUGGCCUAUGCCAAGUUCUCGAGUAUACAGGUUAUUGCUAUGCUGAUUUACCGUCUGGGCAAGCUGGCUCUCCUCACCAUUGGAACUCUACCUGGUCUGCUCCUCUUCACUCCGGUCUUCAUUGCAACCAAGUAUCUGUCGAUGAAGAAAUCGAAGGAGGCAUUGGCGGCAUCGACCGUCAAGUUACAGGGUCGCGAUGUGAUGGCUACAUGGAAGCUGCUCAUUGCCCUUGCAUUUGCGCCUGCCGUCUAUGCAACGUACACGGCUACGUUCACCUACUGGACGUAUCGGAAUCGCAUUCAGGGUCAUGUGCCAGAAUGGGUGCCACUUUGGUUGAUCGUGAUAAUUGGCAUGGUGGGUUUCCCAACCAUCACUUUCGCCGCGCUCCGCAUCGGCGAAGUGGGCAUGGACAUUAUCAAGUCUCUUCGACCACUGGUUCUGUCCCUGAACCCGUCUUCGGCCAACACACUGGUCAAGUUGCGUGAAAAACGUGCGAUGCUUGCCCAGCAGGUCACGGAUGCAAUUAAUACCAUGGGUCCUGAACUUUUCCCCGACUUCGACGCAGCUCGGAUUGUUACGGACCCCUUCCGCGAGGUCAGCGAAGAAUCUGCCGCAGCGCGCGAAGCGCAUGAGCAGAAGCACGCGCGUCAGGCUGAGACGGGCGAGAGCUGGACUUCAGCGGAGCCCCUGCCACGCAACGAGUCAUUCCACAACCUGGCCAACAUUGGCUUCUUCUCUACCCGACCUCCCAGCCGGAACCGUAGCCGCAGCAGCUCUGCUGGGCCACGACCCGGCUCGCGGCACGGCAUGAAACCGCUGAGUCCCAUGACCACCCAGAAAGAUGCGCUGGAGGAUGUCAGUUCGCGGAUUCGGGAUGCUAUGCGAGAGCGUGGUGAGCGACGUCGACGACGAAGUGAGGAUGGUAGCUGGGAUAUGGCCAGCUCAGGGACAGGAACACCGUCCAGUGGGGACGAGCUGCGGAAGGAUCUUUGA